UGGUCGGUCUGAAUCCAUUUAGCGAGGCUGGGCGUGAGGUGCGGAUCUGCUCCACCUUUGCAAAUGCGGGCCCCUUACCCCUCUUGUUCGUGGAUGCCCUCUUCAAAAACCAUCCCGACCCGACCCUCCGCACCAGGGCCGUCGCCUUCAUCUCUUUCUACUUGCUGGCCUGGUCCCCCCUCUUUUGGAACUACGGCUACGGCAUCCUUGUGGACAAGACAGAGGAUACAGGGGGAAAGAAAGGGCAACCGAUGGAGUAUUCCUCGCUGGGGACGCAGUCC